CGGCUAUGUGUCGGCUGACUGUCUCACCAACCUCAGUACACGGAAACUUGUUCGUUGCUCCGUGCCGCCAGUUUAGGUGCGGUUGUCCCGACAACCGGCGGCGGAACUCGCCGCCCUGCCCCCUGCGUCCCUCUCACGACCGGCCUCUAAAUACUACUCCUACAUCUCCACGGAGUUUCAGUUGAUCCCACACGCAAGCCAACGAGAUCGGCGCGUCGCGUGACUCCGCCCAACUAGUAAAGCAGCGCAGAUGGUGGGGAUCCCGGCGAUCGACCUGCGGCUCGCCGGCGAGCGGCCGGAGGAGUCGGCGCGGCUGCAGGACGCGUGCGAGCGCCUGGGCUGCUUCCGCGUGUCCGGCCACGGCGUGCCCGCGGCGCUCCAGGCGGAGAUGAAGGCCGCCGUGCGCGCGCUCUUCGACCUCCCCGACGAAGCCAAGCGCCGCAACGCCGACAUCAUCGCCGGCAGCGGCUACGUGGCGCCCAGCCCCGCCAACCCGCUCUAUGAGGCCUUCGGCCUCCUGGACGCCGCCGCCCCCGCCGACGUCGACGCCUUCUGCGCGCGCCUCGACGCGCCGCCCCGCGUCAGGGAGACCGUCAAGAGUUACGCCGAGGCGAUGCACGAGCUGAUCGUGGACGUCGCCGGCAAGGUGGCCGCGAGCCUUGGGCUGGAGGGCCACCCGUUCCAGGACUGGCCGUGCCAGUUCCGAAUGAACAGGUACAACUACACGCAGGACACCGUGGGCUCCUCGGGCGUGCAGAUCCACACGGACUCCGGCUUCCUCACCGUGCUCCAGGAGGACGACUGCGUCGGCGGCCUCGAGGUACUGGACCCCGCCACCGGCGAGUUCGUCCGCGUCGACCCCGUCCCCGGCUCGUUCCUUGUCAACGUCGGCGACGUCGGCACGGCGUGGAGCAACGGGAGGCUGCACACCGUGAAGCACCGGGUGCAGUGCGUGGCGGCCGUGCCGCGCAUCUCGAUCGCCAUGUUCCUGCUCGCGCCCAAGGACGACAGGGUGUGCGCGCCGGAGGCGUUCGUCGACGAGCAGCACCCGCGCCGGUUCAAGCCGUUCAACUACGAUGACUACAGGAAGCUCCGGCUGUCCACAGGCGAGCGUGCCGGCGAGGCGCUCGCUCGAAUGGCGGCGUGACGUAGCUAUGUGGCGGGGCCUGUUUAGGCUCGAGAGAGUAACUGUGAGCUGUUCGUUAGAGAGUUAAGCUUCAGUCGAUUGUUGACGGUUGAACCAAGUGAGGCUGUGAAUUAUCGUUGUUUUCAUCAAUCAAUCAAUAAUAUCCUGUACGAAUUGCAAAAGUGAAA